GGCUGUGGUAUCGGCGAAGUCACAAGAGCAAUCGUGUCUAAUCCUCCAGAGGGUAUCAUAAUCAAGGCUACUGAUCGCAAUCAAUACAUGAUCGAUGGUUGUCACAAGUUUGCCACCGCAGGAAACUGGCCAGUCGAAGCAACUGUUAUUGCCUGCCCAAUCUCUCACCUUCCCGGAUAAUUACUUCACUCACUCGUUCACCAAUUUCUUUAUUACUCAUCUCGACGAAAAUCACGAUCCAGCAGCGAAGCAAGUCUGUCGCACUCUGAAACAGGGAGGCACAGCAAUCGUUUCUACAUGGGCUGCAACGGCACAUGAAGAACCGAUUAAAAGAGCGCAUCUUGAGACUCGAGGACCUGAUGUUGCUUUUCCCAUGGCUAUGCCCACUCAUUGUUAUGGAAAAGACGCACUCUAGUUGAGAAGGAGAGCGAAAUAGCCUUCAAGCAACACAAAGCAGGACUUACAGAUUGGAAAUUGUUGAAGCCUCA